AGGUUCAGUCGUGUUCGUAACGUCGUCGAGUUGAAACCGAAAAAGCUAGGCAGUUUCUCACAGCUACAUAUACAUAUGAGCAGGCAGCAGCAGCAGCGGCAGAGCAGAGAGCAAAUCGGUGCAAUCUUGAAUAGUGUGUUUCCCAGUGUUUCACCUAAAGUUUCUGGCACUAUUGCCUUACCAAAGAUUCGCUUCAGUGACCACGAACCACGUCCACGAAGGGAAAAAAGCGGCUGACAGAAGUGCGAAUUCCAGCAAAGCGGCUAAAAACGGAAGUCUAAUCCAAUUUGGCCUAUGACAAUACAAACGCACUUUCUUCGCUACGCAUUGUCCAGGUGCGUGUGCGUAUAGAGAGAGCGAGCGAGAGGGAUAGCGGACGAGCAAGCGAGAGGUUAAAUAUUUAGGUUUAACAGCCAGGCGCGUGUGUGUGACCCAUGAGAAGUUGUUGAAAAUAAUCAACGCCAAUCGCCGGAGAACGAAAGCAGAGAAACCCCUACGCGCGCGUGUUUAAUUUGUAUUUUUGGCACUUUGGUUGGCAAACAGCAAAAGCAUUUCCCUAUGAUUGGCUCAUUCUGGAAUCUGUGCAGAGCGUGCCCAUCAAUGCCGGUAGACAAGCAGCUCCACUCGGAGUAUCGGAGCACUUAUCGCUGGCAUGAAUUUACGGGCAACUCGCGGCCAGAGGUUGUGCGACGGGCGCCUGCCCCAAACCCAAGUCAAUUUGUUGGAGCGACAAAUGAACCGCCAUUGCCGCGCCGGAAAAAAUGCCCAGAAUUAGCAUAUAAAUCGCACGAGUUCAUUAUAGGAUCGGAGUAUACAGAUGGACGCCGGGAUGCCAGUGCACAUCGUUUGGCGAGAUCGGAGGAGCGCGGUGGCACACCCUCGCGCCGCAGCAAAUCGGAGGGACCACCCGUUGUGCCCAAUGGACGUGCGUAUCCCAUUGCCACGGAGAUCGACGGAACCACAAGAAAACAGGCGGGUGAGUCAAAUGGGCUAUUGAAAAAGACCAUCAAUAAGUUGAGCACUGAGUACCGCCUGCAAUUCGUGUGGCCCACAGUCCGACGCAUAAAGGGCGGCGGCGAGGCGGCGUCUAGGGCCGCAGCCGGGGACUAUCCGAGAAAGUCCAUAUCGCUGGGCGUCCUUCGGUCCGGGGGCCAAGGUCACAGUCACACCCAAAACCAGAAUCAGAGUCAGAGUCUGACCCAAGCCCAGAAUGGUCACACACAUCACACGAUGAUGGGUGGCGGUGUGGGCUUGCCGACGGUGCAUAAAAAACGAACAACAAAUCAGAAAGAAGCUACUCUACAUGAGUUGGAGCCCUUGGUUAGCGAUACGGAUGAUAGAAAAACGCACGAGAAACAAGUGACCAUUGUGGAGCGCAAGAUCACCUCGCGUCCGUUUUCGCAGGCCAUCGACCAGGAGCGUCUGAACCACUUCAUCACGAAAAAGGAGAACUUUGGCUUCGCCGAUGCCGCCGUGGCCGCCGCGGCCCUUAAGGACGAGGUGGACAACAGGCAGCAAGUGGUGGUCAUGAACGGCUCCGCCCCGCCGCACUCGAAACCGAAUUUGGAUUUGUGGUUCAAGGAGAUGGUGGAGCUGCGCAAGAAGGCCGGCGAAUACAAGUGUCGUGGUUGGGGCAUAGAAAUUGACCCGGAAUUGUACAAGAAACAGAAGGAUCUAUGGGAUCAGGUUUCAAAGCGCAGCUCACUUUCGGCACUUUCUUUAGCUUCGUCUGUUCACAGACCCAUUACAAAGGAGGAGAAAGAACAGGAGAACAAUAAGAAGUCCACACCAUUGGAGAAGGCCCAGAAGCCUCGUGUUCCUGGCCAAGCCUUUUUGAUUGAUAAUAAGGAUGAGAUUUCAGCACUGCCAGCACGCUUUAGCAAUAUACGCCAUCAUCUUGAACGCACCACGGGUCCGGAUGUGGAAGAGGGCGCUUUAUUGCCCUCGCCCACGCGCGAGAAGUUGAUGCCGGCUAUUACCAAGCGGGAAUCGGAAUCCCAACGAGGAAGUCCUAAGAAAACCGCCUUGUCCAGGCAUGGAUCGCCCCAGAAGGGCAGUCCACAAAAGGGCAGCCCCAAGAAGGUCCUUAAAACCCGGUCGCAAUCGGCGGGUCCGGGCGUUGCUGAGAAUGAGUCACCGAAGCGGCAGAUCCGGUCGGCGAGUCAGGCGCCCAGCAGCCGUAAAAAGACGCCGACAACCGGAAGCGGAAGCGAACGCAAGGCACGCCCAUCCACCCUAUCCACAACAUUCCAAUCCCGCAUUAAAAGUAGUUCCUUGCCACCGCCAAACGGUAGAGUAGCCUCAGCGCCGCCAGCCACUGCAGCAGCAGCAGCAUCAGCAUCAGCAGCCAAAUCAGCAUUAAACGCUAAUCAGGCUCAUGCUAAUCAAUCACAAUCAUCACAUGCCAAGAGCGGUAGCAUCAGCGGCAGAGUUUCAAAACCAUCGGCCACAUCCGCCCAACAACAGCAUCAGCAACAGCAACAGCAAAUGCGUAAGAAAGACAAAGAUAGAUCGAAUAGUAGUUGCAUUGGCAGUGGUAGUCAUGUUGGUGCUGGUAGCGGUAGUCAAGCAAAUAGUGUCAAGCAUCUGCAGAAUAAGCAAAAGCAACAACAACUACAGCAGCAACAGCAACAGCAACAACAAAAGCAACAACACCAAGCGCAACAGCAACCGCAACAGCAAAAGCAAAAGCAGCAGCAUCUCGAUGUUGCAGCAGCAGCAACAGCAGCAGCAACAUCGUCAUCUUCCCAAAACCCAACCCGGCCUGCCACCAUCAACAUCAAACGGCUCACGGUACCAGGUCAGGAUAGAAAAUUGGCUGAAAACGAAGGCGAGGAUGGUCGUGAGACUGCCAUUUCCAUUUCCAGCUGCAGUCCCCAACCCCCGGUGCAGGAGGUGCCCGAAGAGCCCCUGGUGAAGUCCCCACCAGAACCGACCCGGGUCAAGUCCCCAGAGCAGAUUAUAAUGCGCUCCCCCGAUCCAGUCAACUGGACGGUGCCCCUGGACACUGGCAAAACGUUUACGGUGACGCAGAAUGUUAAAGACGGGGAGAACUACAGCCGACCUCAGAGCGAGAUUAAAGCCUCGACACCGGUGGAGAAGCCCCCACCGCCACCACAAUCGGCUCCGCCACAACUAACCGAACAGGCUAAGAUGGACGCCUGGAAGUCCUGCAGUCCAAGCACCAGCGCCGCGAUCUACGGCAAAACGCUUACGCCCCAUGCCACACCCACCGGCCAGCCGGGCGGGGCGGUGCGCUGCACAGUCGCCCAAGAUCAGCCGCUUCAGCAGCCGGAUCCGGCGAUGUCGUCCUCCUCGUCGACGGGCACAGCUUCUACGGCCAGGACAGCUGCCGCCGAGGUCCUGGAGAAGGCUCGCGACCGAUUUGAUCGAUUCUGGGGCAACAGCAGCGCCAACAAGGAGGAGAGCGUCUAGAUCCCAGCUCCAAAAACCGAGAUCCUGGAUCCCAGAUCAGGCACUCAGUGCUUUUCAAGUGCAAAAUGUAUUCCCCGGGCAAUUAAUUGGCCCCUGAAAGCAAUUAUAAUACGUAAUAGAUGUUAUGCAAUACCUAAUCAUGUACACCAUCUAUCCUAUCUAAGAGCCUGAUUACACUGCAACACAGCUCUCCAUUUACAUUAAUUUACUGUAUGUAAUUAAAUCAAUUGGGUUUUUUCCUUAAUGUUUGAGUUCCAUUAUUAUUCGCACCUUUCAAAUUGAAUGUUACAUAUAAAAUCAGUUAUUAUUUUGAACCGUUACAUUCGAUAAAGUACCUUAGUAUUUUUUGUAUGUAUGAUAUUGUUAGUCAAUCCGAAAAUCAAUGGUGUUAUCCUUUUUUCUAUUAUAUUGUAAUUUUGGAUAAGUGUGUCGUAGUGAAAUCAAAACAUUAAGGGAGUCCCGCAAGAACUGGCUUGAAUUUGAAGCUAAAUUCGCUUUUGGUUUCCUAGUUAAGCUGCUGCAAGCAAACCUAAUCAGGCCAAAUGUCAUCUAACGACACGAGCAUUACACUAAAUUUAUUUAUGUAAGACACUUUCACUGCCUCAACCCAAACCGAAGACGAAACCGAACUCAAACCAAUGUUCUAUACUUUGAGAUACACCCAGAGAACUUUGCAAUAUUUCGAUAUCAUCCAGUCAUAUAAAAUAUUCAAAUGGGACAAACAUCACCGCAAAGACCCGUCCAAAAAGUGAGUCCAUUCGACAAGAGAUGUACUCACAUUUUUGUAGCUUUCAUUAAAUGAGCAACCGUAUACUUGGGUAAUGCAUAAGGUGAUCUAAGCUAAACUGCUGAUCCGUCAAAUACAAAAAAGUUGAAAAUAGAUUUUGCACAUGAACUACAAAGGGAAAAAUACCAAAAACGACAACAUGAUGUUAAGAAUAAUUUAAGACAUACUUUGGCUAAUAAAAAUGUAAGGCAAGAGAUGAUUAAAACAUAGCAACACCCUACAGAAAACACCAGCAAAACAUACUAUUACUACACAAAAAAUGCGAAACAAUGAGAUUAUGCUUUGAAAAGCUGUGAAACUAGUUUCAGACUUGCCUACAAUUCUAAUACUCGUAUAACUAUUAUGUGAAUGUGAAAAUAGUUGACAAAGAAAAAUGGAACAAAAUGGUCAAGCAAAAUGGAAAGACCUAAUCGAUUUAAUCAUGUUUUGAGUAAAAUUAGCGCUGAAUAAUUAAAACAAAUGCUUCCCGAAGGUCAAUAGCUUUGAGAAAGUUCAUGUUAUUUUAACAAGUAUUUUUUGGUUGGAUCUAGUUUUUCGAAUCUCUCAGUGUUGACAGUGUUUUAGUACAAACCAAAUACCGAUUCAAACUCAGUUUGGCAGAAACUUCGUUUGCGUAGGAGAAAUGCUUGAAUUUAUACCUUUCUUAGGAAUAAAUAAAAAAUACAAAAUCGCGUAAACUGAAGUUAAACUCCAUUACCCAUACGUUAUGUGAUUAACUUCAGUAUUGAGCUUACUUGUUGCUUGCCUAUAUAUAUUUUAAUAUAAAACUCAAAUAAACCAAACAAAAAAAUGAAGAAGAAAAUAACGCCACUUUAAUGGCAUUUAUUAAACAGUUGAGUAUUUUUAUAUGUUUUUCAUGAAUGGACCCGUUUGUUAAUUCAAAUCGAUGAGUUGAUCACUGAAUCUUAUAGUUAUCAAUUAGUCACAAUGCAUAUGGUCAAGAGCCCCUAAAACGCAAAAUCUUUAUUACACUCAGUCUAAAAAUGGUCACCGAUUCGAUUCAAUCAAAUGCAUUAGUUAGAAAUAAAUAAGAAGCUAAACUAACUAAACUCUGGCAAUCUCAAAAACUUUAACAGAAGGACAAAUAAAUGAAAGAAACAGAAAAUGCACAUUCACAUACAAAAAAAACUAUAUUUCCAGUUGCAAUUAAAGAAACACGGUAACCCAACUGAAUGGUAGACUCUUGAACUCAUUUAGUUUUAAAUAUCGUACUUAACAAAUUUUAGGCAACUUUAAUACGAAACUACUUAAGAACGAACUUGAUAUUAAUUCUAGCUUGUUUACAAAAGGAAAUAAAAUUAUUAACGAGACAAAAUACCAAAACCUAAACAAUGUAUACCCUCAAAACGAUUCCAAAAUAGGCGCACUAAACGGCUUUCCUUCAACAGCAGUGAAAAAAAAAUCGAUUUUUAUAAACACUUAUACGAAGGUCAAACCAAUAAAUACUUUUAAUUUUCGGUUUCUUCACAAAGAAAAAUAUUAAAAAUCACCAAACAAUUAUAUAAAUUUUAAAAAUUGACUUUCACGCCCAAAUGCGCCUAAAGUUUUAAUGAAUUAAAAAAGCCUCAAAUGAAAUGCAAUAAUACCAGUACUUAUACAACCCAAUUGAUAAUUUUUCUGAAUUGUCAUAAAAAGGCACACCAAAUAGCCUUCAUAGAGAUGCUAAUUACACGAUAUAAUUAUAAUUAUACUUGGGAAAAGCCGAAUCAUAUGAUAGAGGAGUAAUGGAAAAUAAAAUAGAAUCCGAAAAACAAGUGAUGGUAAAAUGAUUAUAAUAUUAAAUGAAUCGAAUAAAUGAAAAAUGAAUAUAAACGUUUUAAAA